AUGGGCGCUGCGGAGAGCACGGAGAGCACAGAGGGGGAGAGGGAGCCGCUGCUCGGCCCAAACCAGCCGCAGACUAACGGCAUCGUCCAGCCGGUGAACGGCCGGGUGUACGCCCGGAGAUGGGUGGUUCUCGCUCUGUUCUCCGCGCUGGGGUUUUUACAGGGCCUGGUCUGGAACACCUGGGGCCCGAUCCAGAACUCAGCCAAGCAUGCCUACGGCUUUUCCUCCACUGACAUCGCCGUGUUAGUGAUCUGGGGGCCGGUGGGCUUCUUCCCGUGGCUCCUGUUUGUUUGGCUGAUGGAUAAGAAAGGGUUGAGGGCCUCUCUGCUGCUAGCAGCGUUCCUCAUGGUGCUGGGUGCUGCCCUGAGGAUCAUUCCCCUCACUGACCUACAACUGAGACGCUGGUUAAUUCAUGGUGGUCAGCUUCUCAACGGUUUAGCCGGUCCGACCCUGAUGAGUGCCGGUCCUCUGCUGUCUACUACUUGGUUUGCUCCGGACCAGAGGGCGACGGCCACAGCGGUUGCAUCAUUGGUCGGCUACCUUGGGGCAGCCUGUUCUUUCUUGGCUGGUCCUCUGGCUGUGCCAGCGCCAAAUGAUACACAAACCGUGAGCACCACCACCCACUGGGAUCCAGAGCACAUCAGGCACAGGAUAGAGAUCGUUCUUUAUGCAGAGCUGGGAGCGAUCGUGCUCCUCUUCGCGGCCGUGCUGCUGUACUUCCCCUCCAGGCCACCCAUUCCACCCAGCGUGGCAGCAGCUAGCCAGCGCCUCAGCUACAGGAGCAGCAUCUGCAGACUGAUGAGUAACAUGAGGUUCCUCAUGAUAGCGCUCGCCUAUUCAGUACCUACAGGAGUUGUGGCCGGAUGGUCUGGAGUGUUGGAUAUGAUUCUGACUCCGGCCAAAGUCAGCCAGGUGGAUGCUGGAUGGAUAGGGUUCUGGUCUAUUGUUGGAGGCUGUGUGGUUGGAGUAGCCAUGGCAAGGUUUGCUGAUUUCAUCCGGGGAAUGCUGAAGCUGCUUCUGGUGCUGAUGCUGGCUGGAGCAUCCCUGGCGGCCACCUGGUUCACCCUCACCUGCUUGACCAGACUCACUCACCUGCCUUCCACUAAAGCCACUCUCUACACCUCCUGCAUCCUAGUGGGCAUCUUCAUCAACAGCAGCAUUCCCAUCUUUUUUGAGCUUUUCAUCGAGACAGUUUACCCUGUACCAGAGGGAAUAACCUGUGGAGUGGUCACCUUCCUCAGCAACCUCUUCACGGGCCUGCUGCUCUUCUUCCUCACCUUCUACUUCACAGAGCUUUCCUGGUUGAACUGGUGUCUGACAGGCUCCUGCCUCUUCAGCCUGCUCCUCGUCCUCUUGUUCAGGGAAUCUUAUGACCGCCUGUAUCUGGACGUCUUUGUGUCAGUCUGAGUGAGCCACACAUCACCACCACACCUCUCUAAAACCAGGAAAGAAGACGGAGCUCUGCUGCCACCAACUUGCACAAAGAACACAGAACUGGAACCUGAGAUUUGCAGCACUGUUCUUUCUAUUGUACUGAAUUUUGUUACACGGUUAAUUUCUAGAUCUUCUAGAACUAGAGCUAGUUAUUAAAGCCUUGUGGUGGUAACAUUUUAUCCGACAACAGAGAAAAACUAAGGGCGUAAGCUAAAGUGGUAGUGUUGUAGAUAUUAUUGUCUGUAGAUGCAUCCUUUUUUUGGAUGUUUAUUUCUUUUUCUUUUUUUUGUGUGUAUUUUUAAUCCUUUAAAUGAUGUAACAGUGACGUGUUGAUGAACAGUGAAGGGUUGUUGCGACUCCUAGGUGUUGGGUGUGUAAUAAAGCCCCCUGAAGAGAGCACCACGUUAAAAAAGAAAGGUAGAAACCUUGAGGAUCUAUUGGUAGUCUUGAUCAAUUAUCUGUCUAAUGCAAGCCCCUGGUGCUGUGCAAACAAGGGACCUCUUACCAUUUUAGCUUUAGUUUGUUUAAAACCAUGAACAAGCAAAUUGUGAUGGGACUUAGUGCUUUAUAUGACCUGUGAGGGUACCCAUGAUUAAGUGGCAUAUGGAAUUAUCUUUUCUUCAGCGCUUAUUACUAUGCAAACAAUGAUUUUAUCCUUCAACAUCAUCUCCCCAUGGGGGAUUCAGACUGCACCUUGGUUUUCAAAAGCUUUGAUGGGAUGGAGCCUCUUCAAAGCAACCUGAAGUGGGAGCCGUUGCCUUGAGGUAGCUUUCAGGCCUUUGUUUGGGUCACAGGGUUUCUGUCCCUCAACUUAUUAAUAUGUAUAGAGGAAACUGAAUUUGAGGUUGUGCCAGUUUUCACAUGAUUACACAUCUCAGAAUUUACGGUUGCUGCAUGCAGAUUGUAGGCGUCACCUGUACAGGCAUUCGUUUUCAGGAGUUCUCAGUUUUUACAGUUGUAGCAUCGGGUUUAUUAAAAUCAAGUAGGUUUUGUUUUAAAGGGUUUUAGGUGUAAUUUAUGCAUACGUUUUUUUCUUGUUUUUCUUCUAAUUUAUUUGAGGGAUCAGAACACUAACAGAUUUUAAAAGAGACUGUUAACAGAUGAUGUACCUGGUUGAGGAAAGAUUCUGCAGUGUUUUGGGAAGGCCGUUUUGAAUUUGGCAUCAGUGACUACUGUAGAUCCACCUAUAGAGAUGUGUAUACACCAGCAGAUGUUUUGUGGUUGAGAAGGGAUGGUUGUCAAAAAAAUAGAUAAUGUGGCCAACAGUGAAUAAUAGCUGGAUUUUUUAAGCAUAUUGUUUGUUUGUUUUGUAUUGGUUUUCAUUGAUUAUUGAUUAAAAUAAUAUUUUGCUAGCCUUCUUUCUUUUUUAGAUUUACAUAUUUUUCUUAUAGUUGUUAGAGUUAUGAGGGGAUAUAACAUGAAGGGAUUGUCAUAGCUGUAGACAGUAGUAGACUGUUGUAGAUUUAAGGCUGUACACCAGCAGAUUCUCAGCAGUUUCUUGGUUGAAGGGAUGUAUUUUUGAAAAAAUGCCAAAAAGGCCAGCAGUGGUUCCUCUUUUUUGGUAAGAUGAGCAUCUUUUGGUAGAUUUUGGUCUAUUCCACUUCAAGUAGCCCCUUUUUCUAAUGUAGCCCCCGUUCUUAUCAGUAAUUUAGAGUUGUAGCUAAUCAUAGCUGAUCAGUUUGUUGGAUUUUGGCGUAUACUGUAAUAGGUUCUCUUUAAUUUCUCAUAAACCUGGUCCACUCAAGCCUUGACUGCCAAUCCUUUUACUGGCAGCUUUUCCAAUACUUCAGAGGGUUUUACAGGUAGAAUAGCUUGUCAGUCUACUGGAGGACAGCAGAAGGUAACGUCUAUCAGCUUCACUUUAAAGCAAAUCUCCAAAGAAGACGAGGAUGAGCUGUGAACAGCUGAAGAGAAGAUACCAGGGCUCUUCAGAGAAUCUUCAGUGGUACCUACAUUACGUUGGACUCCUCAGACAAGACCUUAUGGACAGAUUUACAGUUUACACUGAUGUACAAAAACAAAAAAAGCUCAAACAGUCUCUCUGUGAAGGUUUUGAGCCAAUAUAUACUCCUAUAUCAGCCAGUCUACUCCACACGUCUACUCUGCUCUUUCACAAAGACUGACGGUAAGAAAGCACACAGCGCUAAACCUCCUCUGGACAAGCCUGCAUGAGACUUGCGGUUCUUUUCCUUUCGUACAAAAAGGUUCUGUCUCUCUGAACGGUUGUGAAUUAUUGCCUUAAUUAACAGUGACCUGUGCAAUUUUGUUCCCUCUUUCUCUCACCACUGUGAUGAAUUCUGUGAUUUCAGUGCAGAGUUGCAAUUAGGAGAAUGUUUCUCAUUGUAAUGUUGAUUGGAGGGAUUUCUUAGGAUCAGGAUGUUCUUGUCCGUUUGUUCGUUCGAAAUUCUGUAAAAAUGUUAGUGAUUUUCAGCACCUUAUUAAAAACCUGUUUUGAAAGAAAACAA